UAGUGCAGCCAGACCCUGUCUAAAAAACAAAAAACAAAAACUCUUAUGGAGAUUUUCACACAUAGUGAAGAAUACAGAAAAUGGUAUAAAGUAUAAAAUAACACACGGAACACCUCGGUAUGGACAACAGCCCUAAGCAGGUAUGGUCAAAUCUUGGCUCCCCCACCCUGCCACGGAGCUGGGCGCUGGGCCCCAGGGCCUGCGGAGGCGAGGGCUGGGCUUCCCCGCGCGGCACACCCCGGCCCUGGCCGACCCUGCCUUCCCACCUCGCUCCCUUCGUGAAUGUUUCUCCUGGGCUCCCGACGGGACAGGAGCCGGGCUCGGGCCGCGGGGGCGGACUUUUGGGCCGCUCCCGCGGGGCCCAGGGGGCUCAGGUCCGGGUGCGCGGAGAGGCGAACUUCGUUGCGCCGCCUUGUUCCCGCAGGCGCAGGGCAGCAGAGCGGAGGAAGGCCGCUUUGCACAGCGGGCCUGGACCCGCCGGGACACGCCGCCCGCUGAGCGGCCCCAGCGCCGCGCUGGCGCUCCACGACGGCUGCUCGCAGAGCCGCGGCAGCUCUGCGGGACCCGCCCGCACGUCCCGGGCCCAGAGCCGGGAGCCCGUGCUCGCCCGCGCUUCCGGCUCCCCUCCUCGCGCAGGCGAAGCCCAGCCCUCGCCGCUGCUCCUGGGGGACGGCGCGCGCCUCUUCUCCCCGCGGCUGCCCGGCCGGCCGCUCUUCCCGGCGGAGGCUGCAGGGGGCGCCCGCGGAGGGGACCCGGCCUCCGCGUCUGCUUCGCUUCGGUGCAGCCCGGAGCCCGCGGGAAGUCCCGCCCGCCUGGCCCCGCUCCCUGCCCCGCCACCGCAGACCCUGAGCGGUUCUCUCCCGGCCCCAGGCGGGUCCGGCUGUGUCCCGGAACUCCAGCCGCUGUGGCACUCGGCCCCCUCGCUGCCUUUUGGUCAAUUCUCCCUCAGGAAAACCUCUCAAGCCUAUUCCUUUAUCUUUAGUGCAGGGCACACUCACAGCCUCCAGGCAUGGGCCCUGAGCGAGGGCUCCGGAGACGCCAGCAUGCAGCCACCACCGAGCCCGAGGCUACCCCCGGGCUCCCUGUGCAGCUCAGCCCUCUCCCUGCGCACGAGCUGUGCUUUAGCUGCGCUGCCGCACUGACUUCUUCGGGCCUGUGCGGAGUCCAUGCAUCUGCCCAUUGUGCCUCAGUGGCUCCUGGUGCUUCUGGAUGAAGAAUGCAUCUCUUGGGGCCGCGGGGCUCUUACACAGGCAGCUCCCCCUCGGAGGAGAGCCCCGCUCCCUUCAGCGCCAGCCCGCAGGUCUGUGCUCCAACAGCACCUCUCCUCCGGCGGCAGGGCUAAGACGGCGAGACCCAGGGCAAGGAAGCCGCUUCCCUGCCGCACAGCUGAUUGAGGACCACGGUCUUCCCCAGUCUCCUCGUCCCCUUUGUCCUGAGCGUUGCGUUCAAAACUGACGCCGGAUCCCCCGGCGGGCGAGGUCGGCGCGCCCACGUCGGAACUCAGGCCCGCCCGGCCCGCGGAUCGUCCCUGGAGAGCGGCCGGGCCUCAGUGUGUGCCGCAGGGAGGCCCGCCCUCC